AUGACUAGUUUACAAUUAACGAAAAAACUCGGUAUUAAAUAUCCAAUUUUGCAAGCACCAAUGGCUGGAGUAUCAACUAUAGAAAUGGCAAACAAUGUAACUAAAUAUGGAGGAUUAGGAGCCAUUCCAUUAUCAACAUAUGAUAUCUCAACACCAGCUUCAAUAUCAAGUAUAAAAUCACAACUAUCAAAAUAUGAGUAUAAUAAUCAAGUAAAUCUCAACUUUUUCAGUCAUAGUAUCGCACAACCUCCAUCAUCUUCACAAAUUUCGACUUUUCAAAAUCUUUAUUCAAUGACCCUAAAUUCAAAAUUGCCAGACAUUAACUAUAACCGUAAUGCAAAUGUUUCAUUUCAUCAAAUUCAUAACUUAGUAAUUGAGUUUGUUAUAGAUUUUAAACCAGCCAUUUUAAGUUUUCAUUUCGGGCCACCUAAAAAAGAAUUGAUUCAAAAAUUUCAAGAAAAUGGAAGUAUGGUAUUUGUUACAGCUACUUCUUUGAGUGAGGCUAAAUAUUUAAAUAAAUUACAUGUAGAUGGGAUAAUAUUACAAGGUAAUGAAGCAGGAGGACAUCGUGGAAACUUUUUAGAUGAGAAAGAUGAACAUUUGAGUACGAAAGAUUUAUUUGAACAAGUUAUAAAAGAAUUUAAAAAGAGUCCAACUACGUUUAUAAUUGUCAGUGGUGGGAUAUAUAAUAGUCAACAGGUUAAAGAAUAUAUAGAUAAUGGAGCUUCUGGUAUUCAACUUGGUACGGUAUUUUUAAAUACUCCAGAAUCUAACAAUCAUCAAUUUUUUAAAGAUAAACAUGAUGAAGAUACAGUUAUGACUGAUUUGAUAUCUGGUCGACGUGCAAGAGCAGUCAAGACUCCUUUUAUUAAUGAUAUAAUUAAGAAUUAUAAUGGUGAUGCCUUGCCAGAUUACGGAUAUAGGUAUAAUUCAUACAAGGAGUUAAAAAAAAAACAAGUUAAAAAAGAUGUUGAUAUAGGGUUUUAUUUGGCUGGUGAAAAUUACAAAUUAUGUAAUAGAGAAGCUUCAAUUCAAGAAAUAAUGGAAAAUAUAACUAAAGAUUUAUGA